AUGACCAAGAAAAUCUUCAUUCUCAAAUCUCAACAAUCACCAAUUGAAACAGAAUUAGGUGAAUGGAGCCAGAGCCAGAACCAGAGCCGAUCUUUGAACUCAAGUGACACGGCCCUGGAUAUGUCUUAUUCAUUUCAAGCUUCACUUGUCCUUCCAACUCAGGACAUGCAAAUCGAUCCACAAAUUGGAAUAAUUCAUCUCCUCAUGUUUUAUGCAGAAGCCAUGGGAAACAAAUUGGAGGAGUUGACAUUGGUUAUUGCAAAGAGAAUUAGUGAACAAGUUAGUCCUGUUUCAGAUAAUAUCUUGAAGCGUUUAUUGUACUAUUUAUUCCAAUCUCUAGACAAGCAAUCAACAGCCUACCUUAGACAAGAGUCUCAUAAAAUCUUUUAUUCAGCCUUCAAAGCAAUUUACCAAUUUUUGCCAAAUGGAAUAGUUGCACAUUUUGUUGCUAAUAAGGCAAUUCUUGAUGCCAUGCCUGCUGAAGUAGAUGUCAUCAACAUAUUUGAUUUCGAUAUUGGUGAAGGAAUUCAAUGGGCUACUAUGAUUGAUGCCCUUGGAAACGAACAAAGGGAAGUACGACUAAUAUCAAUCAGGCCUAAUGAGGACAUGAUCGAUGAUCCUUGCACAACUCAUACUAGGUUGAGUUUUGAGGAUACUAAAAGAAGACUUAUCAAUCAUGCAAUGUUUUAUGGUGUAAAAUUGAAGGUGGAGGAGCAGGAAUUGAAUGAUCUAAUGAUUGAAAUGAAAAACCUGAAGAAACAGAACGCGAAAAAACAAUGGUUUGCCUUUAAUUGCAUGGUGGCAUUGCCCCAUCUGGGGAGGAUAAGGAGGAGAAAGGAUGUUUUCGAGUUCCUAACAAUUGCAAAGAAUUUCUUAGAACAUGCUACAACGUGUUGUGCUAGUGAAAAGGGCAUUAUUACUUUAGGCGAUGGAGAUGCCUGGGAAAAAUUUGUAAGCACUAGCAGCUACAAUGAAUUCUUGGAAACAAAUAUUGCUCAUUUUCAAGCCUUGUUAGAAUCAAUUGAAGUUAUUUUCCCAACUCAAUUUAUACAUGCAAGAACUACCAUGGAAUACCUGUUUGUGGCACCCUUCGUCUCGUCUCGUGCUUGGGCUUCGAAAUGGGAGGAGAAGAAGAGAUUUGGAGAUCUUAAAUUUGGAUUUGGUUUAGAGGGCUAUGAACAUAGCAAAGAAAGUUUAAUGGAGGCCAAAGAAAUGAUUAAAGAAGGAGAUAGUCUAUAUGGAGCAAAGAUUGAAAGUGAAAAUAAUAAUGAAAUUGUCAUGAACUCGAGAGGGGUUCAAAUGGUGAAAGUAUCUUGCUGGAGAUGUUGA